AUGAAUAACUACGAAAAGUUAGCCAUCUCCGCAAACCGCGGUGUUAAGUUGCCUGAAUGGCGUUCCGCUAAAUCUUUGUGGCUAAUUUACCUUUAUAAGUUUCGGAAUUAUCAAGUCCAUAAAGAUACUAUUUCCGAUUUCGUUCGCAAUCUUAAAAAAAUUGGUCGAGACCAGCAAGUCCGACAUUUAGCGGCCGAUGAAGAACUAAAAAUAGUUUACGAUAACAGAUGCGUAAAUUGUGGUGCUUUGGAAAAUCAUCAUCAUCCUAGAUUUAGAGAUACCAUAGUCGUUUUACAAAAGGGUCAUAUUGACCCCAAUAAGCCAGAAGUUUUAGAAAAUAUUAUCCCGCAAUGCCAAAUUUGUAAUCAGACUUAUAAAGAUAACUUUGUUUAUGAUGAAAAUGGAUAUAUCAAAGCGAUUAACAAUGAGAACUUUGUUUUGAGGUCAAAGCCAGAAGUUUUAAAGAGAAUUUAUGAAUUAUUGAAAAAGAAAUUCGA